AUGACGAAGAAGAAGCCUAAGAAACCUACGGCUUCAAAGUCCUCGAAGCCAUCUCCUCCGGCGAAAUCUCCUCCUCCGGCGAAGUCGCCUCCUCCGUUGAAAUCUCCUUCUCCCAAGAUUGACGGGUUGGCCCUGUCUCUUCCCUCCGCGACUGUUUCUGAUGCACUAAUCAGCCUCCCAGCUGAUGAGGUUGCUCAACAAUCGAUUGAGAAGUCAGACCCAGUUCCCCAAUCUGCUAAGGCUCCGUCUGCUGAGUUUGUGAUCGCCGUCUCGUCGGCUGAUCCAUCCCCCGCGCGUGAUGAAGCCCAUGCGAAUAGAUCUGAGUCGAGCUCUGCUACUCCACAGCCGAGCCCCUCUGUUUCUCCCCCGGUAAAUCCUGCAACCAGUGUCGUAAAGGACGCUCCUUGCAGGCCUUCAAACCUACCUACUGUUGAUGCCAAAUCCCCAUGUUUGAGCUCACAAUCAGAUAUAGUGUUAGAUGCCGCACCCACAGUCUCCUCUGAAGUGGUUGUUGCAGGUGAUAAAGGUGUCGUGGAUGCAGGUUUAGCUCUGACAGGUUCAGAUGUGGGUCUAAACGUCUCAGCCACGAGCAAUGCGGCUCCUGGUGAUACCUGGUGUGACCACGCGAAAGGAAUCGGCACACGUCUAUCCAAGAAAGGAGAACCCUUUACGUUACCUUCGGGGGAGGCUUGCAUUAAGAUUCCGAACUCAGUCAUUGAGAAGAACAGGAAGUCUUGGGAGCCCUUGGUCUUAGGGCAGUUCUACUCGGAACCCCCGUCUCAAGGUACAUUACACAACAUUGUCAACGGAAUAUGGAGCAAAUACCACCGGGACAUUGUUGUUUCUAAAAUGGAGGGGUUCGCCUUUCUCUUCCGCAUACCUAACGCUGCAACAAGAAACAUGGUUAUUAAACAGAAACUCUGGCAUAUUGAGGGCCAAACCAUGUUCGUCGACAAAUGGGAACCGGGUGUUAUCCCCGCUAAGCCUGAGCUCUCCUCUGCCCCUAUUUGGCUGGAGCUUAGGAAGGUUCCGUUUCAGUUCUUCAAUGAGGAUGGUCUGGAGAGGAUCGCAGGACUGGUGGGUCAUCCGAAAUUCUUGCACCCCUCGACAGCUAACAAAACGAACCUGGAGGUGGCGAAAGUUUUCACCAUCAUUGAUCCUAGGAAGCCUCUGCCUGAGGCAGUUAACGUUCAGUUCGAGUCAGGCGACAUCUGCAGAGUCUUGGUCUCGAGUCCUUGGAUGCCCCCGGUUUGCGAGUCCUGUAAGGAAAUUGGUCACAUCUCCAAACGAUGUCCUCUUGCUCCUAAAACUUGUUCCCUAUGCAAAGCUGCUAACCAUGUGCAGGCUAACUGCCCUCUUAAAGGCAAGCAGAAUGCACCGGGAAAGAAGACAAGGCGCGGGAGGUCUAAGGAUAAACAGAAGUGGACCGCUGUGGAUCCACCCGUAACAAACAAGUCUCCUCUGAUUGGCAGUGGUAUUAGCCCAGUGCCUCCUGAGGUACCAGUUAAACCUCUGGAAUCUAAAUCUCCUAUUAAACCUUUGGAUCCUCAGGUGGUUCUAACUCGUACUGAGAUCCAGCUCCAUUCUAAGUUGGGGACGUCUCUAGAUACUGUUAGAGGAGAGUCAAGUGGCACAGCACUACUGCCUCAGCGUGAGCUAUUGAGGUGUGACUCAGGGACUUCUAGGGGCUCACAUUCUGAUGUUCAGUCAGAUUCGUCUGAUGUGGAAUCUUCAGAUUCUGAGCUAGAGGAAGGAGAAUUCAGUACCCACGAGCCGGAUUUUGAGGUUGUUCGUAACAAAAAGAGAUUUUCAGGUCAGAAAGGAUGGUCGUCUGAUGAUAACUACGGGUUUUCGCCUCUUGGCAAAAUAUGGAUCAUAUGGCACCCUUCCCUUCUGGUCUCGGUUAUCUACAAGUCGCUGCAGAUGAUCAUGGCUGAAGUAACUUGGCCAUCCUGUCAGUCGAAGUUCUUCAUCUCUAUUAUUUACGCUUCCAAUGAUGUGGUUGAGCGGGUAAGCCUCUGGGAGGAAAUUGCCUCGCUUGCUGCAACUUACGAUCUAGAUACAAAGCCAUGGAUUCUUCUUGGGGACUUUAAUCAGAUCAGGGAUCCGGUUGAGCACUCUAGUCCUCUCUCCUUGAAUAUGGACAAGAGAAUCAGGGAUUUUAACAAAUGUCUCAUCAACGAAAGUCUUGACGACCUCAACUUCAGGGAUACUACUUUCACUUGGUGGAAUAAACAGAAGUCUGCUCCGGUGGCCAAGAAGCUGGAUAGAUGUCUUGUUAAUGGCGAUUGGUACGCUGCUUUUCCUUCUUCGGUUGCUCUUUUUGGCAGCCCUGAUUUCUCAGACCAUGCUGUUAUGUCAGUUGGCCUGGACCCCAGCCGGGUUAGAACGAAAAAACCCUUCAGGUUCUAUAACUUUCUUAACCAGAACCCGGACUUCUUAGCUAUGGUUUGUGUCAACUGGUUUUCCUUCAACGUCACGGGUUUAGCAAUGUUUAGGUUAUCCUUCAAGCUUAAGAUGUUAAAGAAUUGUAUCAGGACUUUUAGUCACCAGAAUUACUCGGGUAUUGAGAGGAAGACAGCAGAGGCUCACACUAAACUGCUACUCGCUCAGUCCGCAAUGCUGUCUGCUCCUAACCCGCUAAAUGCUUCCGUUGAGCUCCAAGCUAUGAAAGAAUGGGAAGAAUUAUCUUCUGCUGAAGCUGCCUUCUUCUUUCAAAGAGCUCACAUUAACUGGAUUACUUUGGGAGAUGGCAACAGCAGAUUGUUCCAUAGAUAUGCUGCCUCGCGGCAGGCUCACAACCAUAUUCACUACCUUUUUGCGGAUUCUGGUGAAAAGAUUGAUUCUCAGGCGGGUAUUGAAAACCUGUGCGUUGGUUAUUUCUCUGACCUUCUUGGCAGUGCAGUAUCUCAGCCCAUGUUUGUCCAAAGUGACCUUGAUCUACUCUUUGAUUUUAAAUGCUCUGUGGAGCAGGUUGAUAAGUUUCAGGCAGGCUUCACUUCAGAGGAUAUCAGACAUGCUUUCUUCUCUCUACCCAAGAAUAAAAUGGGAGGACCGGAUGGUUACACGACUGAAUUAUUCACUGCUGUUUGGUCAGUGAUUGGCCCGGAGGUUACUGAAGCCAUUCUGGAAUUCUUCCAAUCAGGCCGUCUCCUCAAGCAGUGGAAUGCAGCGUCCCUGGUGCUCAUACCGAAAAAGCCUAAUGCGUCUCUUACUACUGAUUUUAGACAAAUUUCUUGUCUCAACACUGUGUACAAGGUGAUCUCUAAGCUUCUUGCUUCCCGGCUGAAGGAGAUCCUCCCUCUUAUGGUUUCUAAAUCCCAAUCGGCCUUUCUUCCGGGACGCCUCCUAGCGGAAAAUGUUCUACUUGCGACAGAUCUGGUCAAUGGUUAUAACACUCAAGUGAUCACUCCCCGUGGAAUGCUGAAGGUUGAUCUGCGGAAAGCAUUUGAUAGUGUUAGAUGGGAUUUUAUCAUUGCCUCCUUGCGUGCUCUGGCAAUCCCAGAAGGCUUCAUCGGACUUAUCUCUGAAUGUAUCUCCACUGCGUCUUUCUCGGUCUCAGUCAAUGGAUCCUCGAGUGGUUACUUCAAAAGUAGUAAAGGGAUCCGCCAAGGCGAUCCCUUGUCCCCCUACCUCUUCGUUCUAGCAAUGGAGAGUCUUUCUAGGCUGUUAACGUCCAGAUACGCUGCUGGUAAUAUUAAUUAUCAUCCUAGAACCGACCAACUUCAAAUCUCUCAUCUCAUGUUUGCGGAUGAUGUGAUGAUUUUCUUCGACGGUAGUAGCAACAGCCUUCAUGGCAUCUCUGAAUGUUUGGAUGACUUUGCCUCAUGGUCUGGUCUCCACAUGAACACUUCUAAGACAGAGUUGUUCACCGCUGGCCUUGACCCUAUAGAGUCCACGGCGAUUACGGGUUACGGCUUCCCGGCUGGGAAUUUUCCUAUUAGAUAUUUGGGUCUCCCUCUUAUGAGCCGGAAGCUCAAAAUCUCAGAGUACUCUCCGCUAAUCAACAAGAUAACUUUGAUUUUUCAAUCUUGGGCUUCCAAAAUCCUCUCUUUCGCCGGUAGACUACAGCUCCUCAGGACUGUAAUUUUUGGCACGGUUACGUUCUGGCUCUCUGCGUUCAUGCUGCCGAAGGGUUGCAUUCAGGCUAUUGAGGCUCUUUGUGCUCGUUUCUUAUGGUCAGAUAAAUCCUUCUGGUCCAUUGAAGCUUCAGUUAGCGAUUCUUGGGCUUGGAAAAGGCUCCUGAAGCUUCGCCCUCUGGCACUCCAGUUCUGUAAAACUGUUGUGGGUAAUGGGCGCUCAGCUAGCUUCUGGUUUGAUGUCUGGACUCCCUUGGGCCAGCUAAUCACGUAUCUGGGGCCGCUGGGUCCGAGAGCUCUGCGCAUUGGAAAGGAUGUUGUAGUUGCUGAUGCAACGCGAGGAUCAGAUUGGGUUCUACCUCAUCCUAGAUCACAACAGGAAGUUGAUCUUCACUCUUAUCUCACCACUAUUUCGUUGCCUCUGUCUCAUGAUUGUGAUGAUAUGGUUGAAUGGAUUGCUGGUGAUUCCUCUUUAUGUAUUUUCAGGUCAGAUACAAUGUGGCAAGUACUGCGACCUAGAGAAGAGACCAAGGAUUGGGUGGAUGUCGUUUGGUUCAAAGGUUCCGUCCCGAAGCUCGCAUUCACAAUGUGGGUUGCCAAUUAUGAUCGCCUUCCCACCAGAACCAGGCUUGCGUCUUGGGGUAUUCCGAUCUCCGCUGAUUGCCCGUUCUGUUCAAGAGAUUUAGAGACAAGGGACCAUGUUUUACUAUCCUGUGAGUACAGUUGCGAUUUCUGGCGAGAGGUUCUGAUCCGGUGUAACCCUCCCUCCUCUAGGUUCACGGAAUGGUAUGAGCUUCUAUCAUGGAUUCGAGCUGCUACCUCGAAGGAGCUAAGGCUCCUGAGGAAAUUGGCUACGCACACAGUGAUCUUUCACCUAUGGAAACAGAGAAAUAACCUCUUUCAUAAUCAGACUUCCCUGCCUGCGACAACUGUUUUCCGUAGCAUAGAUAGAGAGAUGAAGAACAUUAUCUCCGCCAAGAAGCACCGUAAGGGGUUCAGUUCCCUUAUGGCGUUAUGGCUGAGAUAA